CGAGACGAACUUAGCAAGAGAGCCAUCCCUCAUAUGGUUCUAAGCGAAGGAUGUGACCAAUCCUUGACCGCACCACCAACUUUCGAAUUUGGUGCAAACGCCACUGACUGUGCGCUCGGAAGAUUCAGAGUCAAUGGCAAUGCGAUAGUCACUGGUGGUCCAGGCACUCCCGGCCUUACAGCUUGUACUGCCCUAUUGGAGCAUGGUAUCUCUGAUCUUGCCAUCUUCGACGUCAAUGCAGCUCAGAGUGAACGCCAGCUUGUGUCACUCAAGAAGCGCUUCCCGUCACGAAUCAUUGUCUGCUUUCAGGUAGAUUUGACCGAUGAGACAGCUGUUCAACAAGCCGUCGACAAUGCGGCAAAAACACUUAGACCACUCAAUCAUCUUCUGUGUUUUAGUGGCAUCGUCGGUUGUGUGAAUGCAAUGGACAUGUCAGCAGCACAAUGGUGUCGCAUCAUGGAUGUCAACACGACUGGAUCAUUCUUGUGUACUCGGGCAGUAGCACGAAAAAUGGCAAAACAGGGAACAUGA